UUUUUUUAAACCGGGUGUCACUUCUGCUGCGGAAGAAACUUUCGGCACCUCUGAUUGAAGUCGGCAACUUUAAUCAGUUUGUAGCAAAUCCUGACUCUUUGUAGUUUUAAUUAGAGACAUUUUGCGUGUUUUAUUUGUUAAAGGAAAUAAUUUGUAUCUGUUUAAAAAGAUAAACGCGAACAUACACACUCUCUAACCCUAACUUAGUCAGCUGGUUAAGUAAAGUUGAUUAAAGUUAAAGUUUAUAACAGAAUAUUUCUGCUACAUUUAAUUGGUUCUAAACAAGCUUUUUUUGAGUGAUCUACCUGUUCAGAGAAUCUGAUCUGGUCUGGUCUGUAUGUUGAAUCUGACACUGGAUCAGACAUCAUGGGAGACCCGAGAAACUCAGAUGGUGAGGCGAAUGAGAAAUGUUUCUCCAACAGCGAAGCACAGACUGAAAGCCCAGUUCAGGUCUUCUCGGAGCCCAGCGCGGCUUCUCGGGAUCAGAUGGAGACCCGUUUGUACAAGAGGAGAUGGCUGAUCGUGUUCCUGUUCAGCUCUUAUUCACUGUGUAACUCGUACCAGUGGAUCCAGUACGGCAUCAUCAACAACAUUUUCAUGAAGUUCUACAACGUCGACUCCUUCACCAUAGACUGGAUGUCCAUGAUCUACAUGCUCACCUACAUCCCACUCAUCUUCCCCGUCACGUGGCUCCUGGACAAGAAGGGGCUCCGCGUGGUGGCGCUCGCCGCCACGGCCCUCAACUGCACCGGGACCUGGAUCAAAGUGGCCAGCGCCAAGCCCAACCUUUUUCCCGUCACCUUUCUAGGUCAGGUGAUGUGCUCCGUUGCUCAGGUGUUCAUCCUCGGGAUGCCUUCGCGCAUCGCCUCGGUGUGGUUCGGGUCCAAUGAGGUUUCCACCGCAUGCUCUAUCGGGGUUUUUGGAAAUCAGCUUGGCAUCGCCAUUGGAUUCUUGGUUCCACCAAUCCUGGUUCCAAAUGUCGAGGACAUGGACGAGCUGGCCAGUCACAUUGUAGUGAUGUUCUACAUCACAGCGGGUGUGGCCACGUUCCUCUUCAUCCUGGUGCUCAUCGUGUUUCAGGAGAGACCAGCUCUUCCUCCGUCUCAGUCUCAGGCUGCAGCUCGUCUGAUUCCCACAGAGAGUUAUUCAUACUCUUCCUCAAUCCUUCGGCUUCUUCGCAACACUCCCUUCAUCGUGCUCCUCAUCAGCUACGGGUUGAACGUGGGCUGUUUUUAUGCUGUGGGGACGCUGCUCAACCAGAUGAUCAUCAAACACUACCCGGGUGAAGAGGUGAAUGCUGGGAGAAUCGGCCUCACCAUCGUCAUUGCCGGUAUGGUCGGUUCGCUCAUCUGUGGGAUCUGGCUGGACAGAACCAAAACCUACAAACAGACUACACUGGCCGUGUAUGUGAUGUCUCUGGUUGGUUUGGCCGUUUACGCCUUCACUCUGGAUCUUGGUCACCUGUGGGUCGUCUUCAUCACCGCUGGAGCACUGGGGUUCUUCAUGACGGGGUAUCUGCCUCUGGGUUUUGAGUUUGCAGUUGAACUCACCUAUCCUGAAUCUGAGGGGACGUCCUCAGGCCUGCUCAACUGCUCAGCUCAGGUGUUUGGGAUUAUUUUCACCAUCUGUCAGGGGAAGCUCAUUAACACUUUCAGCACACUGGCAGGAAAUCUGUUCCUGUGUGCAUUUCUGAUCAUUGGGACUAUUAUAACUGGAUUUAUAAAGUCGGAGCUCCGCAGGCAGAAGGCCAAUCAGUUAGCCAAGACGUCUGCUGCAGUCAUUCUGGAUUACGGUGCCACGACUCCGAUUAACUACUGAUCAAUCAAUCACCUCUCAGCACACGCAAGUACAGGACAAGUCAAAUGGAUCACGUAUGAAUUCUGCUGCUGUUGGACCAGCUACAAGAAUGUAACCCCACCCCCUGAUACACACACACACACAUACACACAUACACACACAUACACACACUUUAAUGUUCAUUUGUGUGUUCAAGCAUUGAGUUUAUUUAUUAUCUAAAUUAUCAUGUUUAUAUUCAAUGAAGUUCAAAAGUCUAAGUCUACUGUGGGCGUGUCCCAAUCUACACACCCUACCCACUAUAUGUUUGCCUGCUCUCUGUUCGGGGUCGCCACAGCAGAUCAUCAGGUCUGCAUAUUUGACCUGGUUUUUACGCUUAAUGUCCUUCCUGAUGGAAUCCUCCCAUUUUAUCUGAGCUUGGGACCGGCACCGAGAGUUAACUCUUCAAUGUAUGGGUUAGAUCGAACCCAGGCCACGGCAAUGCCACUGGACCACCAGGAGGCUCCCUGUUCACUAAAAUCCACAUAAACACUAUCAUCAGCCCACUGUGGGCGUGUCCUAAUUCGCAAACUCUACUUCCAAUAUAGCCACCUUAUAAAUAUCAGCCCAGUGUGGGCGUGUCCCAAUCCACUCGCCUUCUCACUAUAUAGUCACCAUAAACAUCAGCUCAGUGUGGGUGAGUCCCAAUCCACUCACCCUACUCACUUUAUAGUCACCAUAAACAUCAGCUCAGUGUGGGCGAGUCCCAAUCCACUCACCCUACUCACUUUAUAGUCACCAUAAACAUCAGCUCAGUGUGGGCGAGUCCCAAUCCACUCACCCUACUCACUUUAUAGUCACCAUAAACAUCAGCUCAGUGUGGGCGAGUCCCAAUCCACUCACCCUACUCACUUUAUAGUCACCAUAAACGUCAGCUCAGUGUGGGCGAGUCCCAAUCCACUCACCCUACUCACUAUAUAGUCACCAUAAACGUCAGCUCAGUGUGGGCAAGUCCCAAUCCACUCACCCUACUCACUAUAUAGUCACCAUAAACGUCAGCUCAGUGUGGGCAAGUCCCAAUCCACUCACCCUACUCACUAUAUAGUCACCAUAAACGUCAGCUCAGUGUGGGCAAGUCCCAAUCCACUCACCCUACUCACUUUAUAGUCACCAUAAACAUCAGCUCAGUGUGGGCGAGUCCCAAUCCACUCACCCUACUCACUAUAUAGUCACCAUAAACCUCAGCUCAGUGUGGGCGAGUCCCAAUCUACUCACCCUACUCACUUUAUAGUCACCA